AUGGCUGACCCAGAGGAUGGAGAUGAUCUCUUUGCUGAUCUGUACGACGCUGACGAUUCCACAAAUCGCACUACUGUAGCGGUUGAGGCGCCAAAGUCUACUGAUCUCGCGACCAUCCCUGCUGCUGGAGAAUCUGCUGGGCAGGAUUUUGCACCUGCCCCUGUUGGCACCUAUGAAUCGCGCCCUACUCAACCUUCGGAAUCUGACCCGGGUUAUCAUAACGGCUCCGGAAACGCUUAUGGCGCCCCUGCUAAUGCCCAGGCGCCCUCUCCUGUCGAGACCGAGUCUCACGGAACAGGAAUCAAAGAAGAUGGGUAA